AUGGAUUUCCUGAAAUCAGCUGUCGCAUCUGCCAUUGCCGCCAAAGGCCCCCCUUUCCCAUACACCUUUGGCGACAAGGUUGAUAUGGACCCCUCCAUUUGGACCCUUUACAACGGAACAAAACGAGAAGACGGUUCUCCUUGCAGCAUCUUCUCCUUCGAGGUCUCUUCAAACCGUUCCGCUCUCCCCCUAGCCAAGAACGCUCUCAAGAAACUCCGAACAUUGCGCCAUCCCGGUGUAAUUAGGGUGCUAGAUACAGUUGAGACAGAUUCAUACAUCUACAUUGCUACGGAGAGGCUGGUCCCUUUGCGCUGGCAUGUGAAGAGGAAGAGCUUGACUCCUGAGACGGCGAGAUGGGGUCUCUACAACAUUGCGAGAACAGUAAAGUUCAUUAAUGACGAAGCCUCGUCCGUCCAUGGAAACUUGAAGGUUGCGUCAAUCUACACAACAGAAAGCGGCGAAUGGAAACUCGGCGGCUUUGAGGUGCUCAGCAAUAUUAAGGAUGACGAGGCAGUCAUAUAUACCUAUGGCAGCCUCUUGCCCGACUCAGGACGUUAUACUCCCCCUGAAUUGGCCAAGUCAGGCUGGGAUGCCAUCAAACGCAAUCCGCACUCAGCUGUAGAUGCUUGGGACUUCGCUGCUCUCAUCUUCGAGGUCUUUAAUGGCACCUUCAGCGGGAGUGACCAGGCCGGCCAGACCAAAAAUAUUCCACCUAGCAUGCACUCCAGCUAUAAACGCUUGGCGAAUGCUAAUCCAAAGGUUCGAUUAAGCGUUGCUCACUUCUUGGAACAAGGCCGGAAGAAUGGCUCAUUCUUCGACACCCCCUUAAUCAAAGUAACAGAUGGCAUCGAAAACCUCGGCAUAAAGUCUGAGGAAGAACGAGAUGCCUUCUUGGAUGACCUGGAGCAUCUAAGCGAUGACUUCCCGGAGGAGUUUUUCAAGAUGAAGAUCUUGCCCGAGUUAUUGAAAUCAGUCGAAUUCGGCGGCGGUGGCCCAAAAGCUUUUAGCUUGGUCAUGAAGGUCGCAACUAAGUUGUCAAGUGACGACUUUGAUGCAAAGGUCGCCCCUGUUGUGAUUCGGCUGUUUGGAAAUCCCGACCGCGCUAUCCGGGUUUGCUUGUUAGACCACCUGCCCCAAAUGAUCGAUCGCCUCUCGCCAAAGGUCGUGAAUGAUAAGAUUUGGCCUCAAGCUGUCACCGGAUUCAUGGAUGUCGAGCCAGUUGUAAGAGAACAAACGUUGAAAUCAGUUCUCACUUUCAUCCCGAAGCUCUCUGAAAGAACCGUCAACGGAGAGCUCUUGAAGUAUCUGGCAAAGACUGCCAACGAUGAGCAACCAGGCAUCCGCACCAACACGACCAUUUGUCUCGGCAAGAUCGCCAAAUACUUGGGUAACUCGUCAAGAUCCAAGGUGCUGAUUGCUGCCUUCACCCGCUCACUUCGCGAUCCCUUCGUGCACGCCAGAAACGCUGCUUUAAUGGCACUUGCCGUCACAGCGGAGUACUUCACGGAAGAGGAUUGUGCUGUCCGUAUCCUUCCCGCGGUCUGCCCUUCUCUCAUCGACAAGGAAAAGCUUGUCAGAGACCAGGCAAACAAGACCAUCGAAGUCUAUCUGGCAAAAGUGCGCAAAGCUGCGGCUAACAUGCCGGAGACCGCGCUCCCGUCAGAAACUGCGGCAUCGAAUGCCGGCGCCACUCCCAGGAUGAGCACCCCACAGCCGGAUAUCUCGUCCGCAGCAUCGUGGGCUGGCUGGGCUAUCUCAUCAUUCACGAACAAGCUUUCUGCUGCAGCAGGGGAUAUCCAGUCAGCUUCAGCAGCAUCCAAGUCCAAUGGGCCGUUAUCCACACAACCAUCUAAACCUGCCACGUGUCCUACGACAUCUCCUUCUACCUCAUCUACCGCAAACACUCAUCACCGAAACCUCAGAUCCCCAACCCCCUCAGCCCCAACCUCUUCACCGUCAGCAAAGGAAUCGGCCUUCUCCCCUCCGCCUGAAGAAGACUUUGACGGCGCCGACGCAUGGGGUAGCAUGGAUGACAUCUAUGAUGACGAUAAUAACGACGCCAAUAACCAGCAAGAAACAGACGAAGACCCCUGGGCCGCCAAAUCCAAGCCCAAGCCAACAAGCACCAAAAUCUCGGCAACUCCCUUCGAUGACGGCGGUGAGCCCGACUUCGCGGGCUGGCUUGCUGCACAAGCAGAGAAGAAGAAGCAGGGGAAGGUGUUACCGAAGGGGUUAGCGAAGAGCUCUUCUCUUGCUGCUUCCAGUGCUGGUGCCAAGAAGCCAACGACUACCAUUGUGAGCGCGAAGACGACCAGCAUGGCAGGAGCAAAAAGCAAACCUGUUGUGGCGAAGAAAAUUGAUAUGAAGCCGAAGGAUGAGUCGUUGGAUGAUGACGAGGGGUGGGGUGGUUGGUAG